AAAUUCCGGAGCUUGUGAAUGCAGCACCGCAAGUAUCGCGAGUUUUCCUGGUUCUUACGGAGGUGGUCACGAUGGGAAAAGCGGAUUUUCUGUCCCCGAAGGCGAUCAGCAACCGGAUAAAAUCCAAAGGCCUCCAGAAGCUGAGGUGGUACUGCCAGAUGUGUCAGAAACAGUGUCGAGACGAGAAUGGCUUCAAGUGUCACUGCAUGUCCGAGUCCCACCAGAGGCAGCUGCUGCUGGCCUCAGAGAACCCCACCAAAUUCAUGGACUUCUUCUCAGACGAGUUCAAGAGCGAGUUCCUGGAGCUGCUCAGGAGACGCUUUGGAACCAAGCGGGUCCACAACAACAUCGUGUAUAACGAGUACAUCAGCCACAGAGAACACGUCCACAUGAACUCCACCCAGUGGGAGACGCUCACCGACUUCACCAAGUGGCUCGGCAGAGAAGGUUUGUGCAAAGUGGACGAGACGCCGAAGGGCUGGUACAUCCAGUACAUCGACCGCGACCCGGAGACCAUCCGGCGCCAGGAGGAGCAGGCCCGGAAGAAGAAGCAGGAGCUGGACGACGAGGAGCGCAGCGCCCGCUUCAUCCAGGAGCAGGUCCGGAGGGGCCAGGGCGGAAAGGAGGAGGCGGAGCCGGUUUACACGGAGCUGCAGCGCGAGAGCGAAGAAGAAAAAGUGGCUUUCAACCUGGGUGCUGCCGUGGCCGGCUCCUCCAAGUCCAGCUCGGUUCUGGGUACCAGCGCUCUGAAGGCCGCAGCCUCGGUCAAACGGAAAGAAACAGCCGCCGGUUCUGACUCCAGAGGGGAGAAGAAGAAGAAAUCGGCUCUGGAGGAGAUCAUUGAGAUGGAGGAGAAGAAGAAGAAGAAGCAGUCCUCCGCCGUCAGAACGGACUACUGGCUGCAGCCCAACAUCGUGGUGAAGAUCGUCACCAAGAAGCUGGGAGACAAGUACCACAAGAAGAAGGCCGUCGUCACGGAGGUGAGGGACAGAUACGGCGGCGUGGUGAAGCUGGUGGACUCCGGGGACAAGCUGAAACUGGACCAGAACCACCUGGAGACGGUCAUCCCCGCUCCAGGUAAACGGGUUCUGAUCCUGAACGGCCCGUACAGAGACACGGAGGCGGUGCUGGAGGGGAUCCACGAGAAGAAGUUCAGCGCCACGCUCACGCUGGACUCGGGUCCGCAGAAGGGGGACAGCGUGGACGUCGCCUACGAAGACUUCUCCAAACUGGCCUAAAAAAGUCUCCGACGGUCCCUGAACGCCUCGUCCAGCCGCGGCGCCGCGGAACUCUACUGUGUCAGAGUUUAUUCCCAGAGCCGCACAAAAAACCACCAGGAGAACAUCAGAACGUCACAAUAUGUGGUUUUUUUUUUUAUUUUUUUAUUAUU